AAAUGUAUUUGCAGGUAUACAAGAAUAUAUACAAAUGGUUGAGAUUACAAACACGAAAAUCAAGGAAGCUUCUGACUUUAAAGACGAUUUUAUAAAAAAUGGAUUGGAGCAUGUAUUUACAGCCAUUUUGGAUGAAAACAAAUAUCCAAUGAAGUAUUUGUGUUGGAUGUUCAUUGUGCCGGAACGUGCAGUAAUUCGCCACUUUUUUAUAACACCAAAUUCCAUGGCGAUACAAGUACAAUUGCAAGAACAUAUAUUUGCGUCAACUGGUAUUCCUAUGCAUGCUGAAACAGCAAAUAUUCUUUCUAUUCAUGAUAGAACAAAGCAACGUAAUUACAGAGAUAUAGAAGAUUUGAAUUUGUCCCCACUUGAAAAGGCGAAAAGACAUGUUAGCGUUAAACUUGUCAAAAAUAUGUAUAACAAUUUAUUCGAAUAUGAUGGCCGUUAUGAUUUAUACGAAAAUGAUUACAAAAAUAGUAAAGAAAUUAAGAAAUUGAACAAACUUGGAAAAGAGAGAAGACGUUAUACUGGAGAAAUUAUAAGAAAUGCACUUACCAAUAAAUUAGCUGAAAAGUCAUCGAAUGACAAGACAGAUGUACUGAGAAUUUGUGAUUUGAUUGCAAUGUGGAUUAGUGUAAAAACGUCUUCAAUAACGUAUAAUCGUAUGAACUCUGAUGUUUGUGUAAUAUAUGAUGAAGCCUUUGAGUAUUAUAAAUACAAACCAUCUAACGGCAAAUAUGUUGAAGUAUUCAUCACUGACCAUGAUGUUAUAGUAGGAGAACUAAAUGAACAACUCAAGGCACCACUAUUUGAAGAAACAAACAGCGAUGACGAUUUAGACUAGUAGUCAAAUGUAUACAUUUCUUUAAAAUUAUAAAUAAACAAAUAAAUCAUUUUUUUCAUACUGCACCAA